AUGGCUGGAGGACGACGCAACCUCCGCUUAACCACUAGCGACGUGGAGGAGUUGCCCCCUCGCGACGACCUCGGUCAGGAGCCGGAUGCGCAACGCCGCGACGACGCGCCCAGGGUAUCGCCGGCACCCAUGGAGCCACCGCUCAACCCUCACAUCAGGGGCGGGUCAGCCACCACGGCGGCAGGCAUCGCGACGCCAGACGUCCCAACGCCACGCGUCACACAAAUGGAGUUGCUACAGGCUUCUAUCCCGUUGUUGCUGGAGGCACUCAACGAGGCAGAAUUGUCCGGCGCCCCCGAACGAGAAAUCGAAAUCCGGCAGCGGCAAUUCAACCGGGCAGUGGAGACCCUGCAGCGGACGCACGUUGGACCCACGCCGGGUAGCCACCGCCCAGCGUUCGACGAGGCAGGCAAGAUAAUGCGAGUCCUCAACAACGUCCAACCUAAGCCACAACUUGGGACGGAUAACAAGCCUCUAUCGACCCAGCAGGUGGACCAGUGGAUUAAGGACAUAGACACGGCGUUCCAGUACGCUCAAGUAGUUGAAGACUCCGUGACCCGCACCUAUUGGAUCAUGGGCACUAUCUACUAUAGUGUCCAUCGAGAAUUGAUCCAACAACGUAUCAACGAGGGAUCAAUCCGAACUUGGGCCGACCUCCGCGCAGAGGAGGAGCAGCUUGUACAAGACCCAGUCUUCACUCAGUACGAGAACUACGAUAAGUACUUCAACUAUGAGUGGAAGGCCGACGAUUCCGUCAACACCUUCCUAAUGAAGUUGAACAAGCGGGAGUCUCUACUGCCCCGCAACUUCGCUAAGUUUGACGACGGCACGGAUGACUAUGAGUUCAAGAUAGCGUUUGUAUGGAGCCUUACUCCCCACGAACUCCAACGUGAGAUCCAGCGCAAUGGCAGCCUGGAACACAUCACUGAGUGGAUAGAGUUUGAACGGGCCCUCCGUAACGCAGAGACCGCAACAGUCCCCUUGAACUCAAGCCUCUGGGCUGAAGGCAGCGGUCGAAACAAAAGACCUUACUCUUCUCCUAAUAGGGGAGGAUUUAAAAGGCACCACAGCCGGGCCUCGACCCCCUCCGGGAGCGACGCCGGAAAGCAGCCGGGAGACUCCCGGCCAGCAACCAAUAACGCUAAUUCGUCAGGCGGCAAGGGGUCCCAUAGGGACAAUUACCACCAACAAUCCAAUAGGGGUGGUUAUUAUCAGCAACGGGGCCAUUAG